CGCCGGAGCGCGAGGAAGCACCCGAGAUCUCUGUGCAAACUGCUUCAUUUUUUAUUUUAUUUUUUCAUUUUUAUUUAUUUCUAUUUUUUAAUGUAGAGUUCUUUCAAAGAUGGACAAAGCGCUUAGGAUAUUUAGGGAAGAAAUCUGAGGAGAGGAAAUAUUAGGAGACAUCCCAGAGCAACCAGCGAACUGCAGCGAUUUCACUAGAACCCCAAUUAGCAGAGAUGCCCUGCGUGCAGGCUCAGUAUGGUACCUCUCCUCCGGGUGCCAGUCCUGCGUGUCAGAGCUACAGCUACAGCGAGUACAGCUGCGAUUUCCUCACGCCCGAGUUCGUCAAGUUCAGCAUGGACCUGACGAACGCAGAGCUCGCCGCCGCGUCCUCGUCGCUGCCCAGCUUCAGCACGUUCUCCGACGCGGCCGGCGGCGCUGCGAGCUACGAGGCCAAGCCUCCGUGCCUGUACCAGCUCCCCCACUGCGCCGACCAUCUCUCGGUCAAGUCGGAGGACGGAACCGCGGCGCACUCUGGCUACGCGCAUAACCAGCAGCACGCGCAGCAGCAGCACGCGGAGGACCCCGCAGUCGCCGCCGCGGCCGCCGCCGCUGCGUCCUACUACAAACCGUGUCAUUCGGGCUUCGCUCCGGCGUGGGACGACGCGUCGUCGUUGCACGGCUUCCAUCCGGGCUACCUGAUGGAGCAGCAGCGCAAGAGCGCCAUGACGCGCUUCUUCUCGUUCAAGCCGUCUGCGUCGAGCGCGCACGUCUCCGCGUGUCACAUGCGCUUCGACGGCGCCGCGCAGCACGGAUUCGCGCCGCUGAGGAAACAGCAGCAGCAGCAACAGCAGCAGCAGCAGCAGCAGCAUGCACAGCACCACAGCCUGGGAUUCGCGCAUCACAGCCUGCACAUCAGCCACGGACGAGUGCUGAUGGAGAGCCCCGUGGCCUCUGCUUCGUCUUCGUGCUCACCGACUGCCACGCGCGGCUCCGCACACGGAGAGGGUCUGUGCGCGGUGUGCGGUGAUAACGCCGCGUGUCAGCACUACGGCGUGCGCACGUGCGAGGGCUGCAAGGGGUUCUUCAAGCGCACGGUGCAGAAAAACGCCAAAUACGUGUGUCUGGCUAACAAGAACUGCCCCGUGGAUAAGCGGCGGCGGAACAGGUGCCAGUACUGCCGCUUCCAGAAGUGCCUCGUGGUCGGGAUGGUGAAAGAAGUCGUAAGAACGGACAGUUUAAAAGGUCGACGAGGUCGUCUCCCGUCCAAACCCAAAGGCCUCCAGGACGUCCCAGCCUCCUUAUCACCUGCCAAUCUCCUGAGCGCCCUGGUGAGGGCCCACAUGGACUCCAACCCCUCCAUAGGCCGCCUGGAUUACUCCAAAUUUCAGCCCAACCCGGACUUCCACGGCAGCGGAGACGAGACACUUCACAUCCAGCAGUUUUAUGACCUCCUAAUGGGCUCUAUGAGUAUCAUCCGCAGCUGGGCGGAGAAAAUGCCCGGCUUCACCGAGCUCCCGAAAUGCGACCAGGAGCUGCUGUUUGAUUCCGCAUUCCUGGAGCUCUUCGUCUUGCGCUUGGCAUACAGAUCCAACCUGAUGGAAGACAAGCUGGUUUUCUGCAGCGGCGUCGUCUUGCACAGGCUGCAGUGCGUGCGAGCGUUCGGAGAGUGGAUCGACUCGAUCGCAGAGUUCUCCUCAAGCCUCCAGGGCAUGCGUGUUGACGUGCCUGCGUUCUCCUGCAUGGCUGCUCUCACCAUAAUCACAGAGCGCCACGGCCUCAAGGAUCCCAAAAAGACGGAGGAGCUUCAGAGUAAGAUUUUAACCUGCCUGAAGGAUCACGUGGCCUGCAGCGGACAUCUGUCUAAAAUUCUGGCCAAGUUGCCCGAGCUGCGCACGCUGUGCACACAAGGACUUCAGCGCAUCUUUUACCUGAAGCUGGAAGACUUGGUUCCGACACCCGCCAUCAUCGAGAAGCUCUUUCGCGACACGUUACCGUUCUGAACCUGUGGAACUUUAUCAGAGUUUUCUACCAGAUCCCCCUCAAGCCAAGGAGGUUUUCUUUCACUUUCCUUGGACUGUAAAGCGACACAACAGCGCAAGAGCUAAGAGCUGAUCUAAGGAGUAGCUUCUUCUUUUUUUUAUUUUUUAAAUUUGUUCUUGUUGGGGAAAAAGGAAAUCAUCCUACGAGCUUGUUAAUCAUUUAUUAAAACUUCCAGACAUCUUCAUCAUAACUGCAGACUUGAUUAUAUGCUUUUGAAUAAUAAGCUUGGGUUUCGGGGGAUUUUAAUGAAAAUUAAUCCAUAAUACAAUAAUGCUGUUUAAAAAUCUAUAAGCUAUUGUUAUUAUUACAUCAGCUAUGCAUUUCUUGAAGGACAAAAAACAGGCUUUCUGACGAUUACACUGCAAGAUUAAAUAAUUUAACAGGACAAAAUAGCGAGGUGAAAUGAAUUCUGUCAGGAACUAUGUUUUUUUUUUAAAAAAAAUCGCGAAUUAGGUUAGAAGUCUUAGAAACUUUGGGUUUAAGAACUUUUCUGACUAUAUGACUAAACCCAGUGGCUUUUGGGGCAAAUAAACUGCCUUUUAUUCUGAUACAAAGUCUGUCCGCCCCCCCCACCCCCCGCGAUGAUACGAUAAUGUGAUUAAUAUGAUGAACGCAUCUUUUGCGCCCCCCCCCCCCGACUUAAAGUCUUUAUGUCAUUUCAAUGAUUAUAAAAGUCAUACUCACAGCAUGGAUACAUGGAUGGAUAAAAUACUUUAUUUUCAUUCUAUGCCGAAAAUACCGGAUGCCAUCUGCCUUACCUCUUAUCUUAUCUUAUCUCUCAAAAGCUCCGAUUUUAAUAAAUACCCGUCUUUUGACGAAGCGCGUCUUUUGCUUUUCCGACUGUAAACAAGAAAGAAAGAAAGAAAGAAAGAAAGAAAGAAAGAAAGAAAGAAAGAAAGAAAGAAAGAAAGAAAGAAAAGAAAGAAAAAUUGCCCAUACGCAGACUCCCGAUAUUUUGCAGUCUUUAUGAUUAAACCGUGUCUAAAGCCUUUCUCAUUUUUACCGCAUCACUUUUUUUUUACGCAUGAACACGACGAGCUCUUAAACCACUUUUCAUUUCAUAUUGAAAUAAUUCUUAAAUAAUAAUAUUUUUUAUGUGCGCCGUUCUCUUUUCUUUUCUUUUCUUUUCUUUUUUUACUUUAUCAUUAACAUCAUGCCGACGCGGGUUUUUUUGUUUGUUUGUUUACUUGUUAUUAUUUUAAUUAUUAUUAUUAUUAUUAUUAUUUUUAAAAUGAUGUCCUUUUAUGCAUCUCUGCAUUGUGUAUAUCUUAUAUAAAGGAAGCAGGUAUGAAUAUCAAUCUCUCGU